AUGUCGGAUGUUAAUUGUGAUGAAAAAGGUGAUAUAAAAAAUACUGUAGUUGCUACUGAUAAUGAAGUUGUUUCAUCAUUACAUUCUGAAACUGAAAUAUUGAAUAAUGAAAAAUUGAUAGCUAGUGAAAUAAAACGUUUAGAAGAGGUACUAGAUGAACCAUUAAAAAUUAACUCAAAUUUACCAUUUGUUGUACGUGUUGACGGUGUUUCAUUUCGAACAUAUACUCGUGGAUUAAAUAAACCAUUCGAUCAACGUUUAGCAAGAGCACUUACAUUAACAUCUGCCGAUUUACUUCAACGUUUUAGUCCUCGUACGGUAUUUUGUUGUUCUGAUGAAAUAUCAUUAUUGUUUGCCGCAUGUCAUGCAAAUGACAAUAAAGAAAGAGGUGAUGUUAAAACAAAAAUGUUUGAAUCAGAACAUAUGUAUAGUGGACGUUUACAAAAAUUAGUGAGUGUCAUAUCAUCAUAUACAGCGGCAAAAUUCAAUUAUUAUAUGCAACAAAUGGACUGGUCUGACUUACAAAAUGAAGAGACUCAUAAACGUAUUAAAUCGAGUGCUGCUUAUUUCGAUGCAAGAGCAUUUAAUGUACCAAAUGAAUUUUUAGCAAUGGCUAGCAUCUAUUGGCGACAUCGUUAUGAUUGUUUAAAAAAUUCAACAUUAACCUAUGCAUUAAGUUUUUAUUCACAAAAAGAUAUUCUUGGUAAAAAUACUUAUACACUGAGACAAUUAAUGCGUGAUGAAAAAAAUUUUGACAUGUACAAAGAUGCACCGUCAAACAUAGUUUAUGGAACAUUUUUGAAAAAAGAAUUAUAUGAAAUACAAGCAGUUGAUCGUAAAACGGGUCAAAAUAUACAAGUUAAUCGAACAAGAUUUCGAAUAGGUUCAUUUAAUAUAAAUGAUGUUUUGCCAACAAUUGAGGAUAAAGUUCAAUUUAUGAUAAGUAAAUAUUGGAAUGAUAAUAACGGUCAUAUUCAAGAUGUAAAAACACCAGAAUGGUGGAUAGAGAAAAAAAUUACUAGUGAUACUUCGUGA